GUCGGUUCUUUCGGGGGGUGGUGGAUCCGGUUGGGCAGUGUCGCGAUGUGUAUGGCAUGUGGGAGUUUGUGAUGGAGCGGGCGAAGCGGCCGCGGCCGCGGUCGUUGAUAUGGCACCCGCAUCCGAGGGCGUGUUUUGGGUGUUUCCGCAUCCGCGAGAAGCGCCACUUCUCGGACAAGCAGUACCGCCUGUCGCGCAAGCUCUGCUCCGGGGAGUACUGGCGCCGCCGGUGCUGGGAGUGUCUGAGGCGCUUCUACCACCCGCAGCUGGCCGACGCGGACGCCCGCGCGCGCUUCCACAGACAGGUUCUGUGCGAGACGUGCAACUGUCUACGGUACGUCGACGAGGACUGCCACGGUUGUGAGUUGAAGAGCGAGCAGAUCGCCGAGUGGACCAGGUUGAAGCGGCAGAAGGCGGAGGCGAAGAGGAAGGCCGUGUGCAUGUGGGACAGCGAUUACAUUAUGCCCUCGUGGUUGAAUGAGGAGGAUACUGCCACGGAACCUGACCAGGCGGCGGUAACGGAGGCCGGUAAGACGGCGGUGGAAGGGAGGAAUUGACUGGCUGCCUGGCUCUCCCUGAACUUGAAAAUGAAGGCUCGCCGGUAUCAAGAGGACUCAACUUGGCAACACCGGCAUUCCGGCUCCCGGGCUUGACGAAUCCGGAUAGGAUGGUGCUAUUUCAGGCCCGGGUUUAGCACCGCUUGCUUUGGCUGUGUAGAUACAGGGCGGGGGGUGAGACGUUGGUGUUACUCCAGUAAAGGGCAGGCUUACAGCGGUUGCACUUACAGUUCAUGGAAUUAUUUAGUCAUUAUGAAGAGACGAUUUAAGUCGGUUUUAGCAACUCAAGUUUUCGAUUUACC